GUUCCUUACUCAAAAAUUCACCCCAAAAUUUGAAAACCAAAUCUACUCCUUUUUAUUUCUCUCUGUAAAUUUCCCCCAUUUUUGUAUUAACACUUUCUCUCUCUUGUCCUUCCCCCACUCCUGUCUUCGUCUUCUUGCUCAUCGCAGGAGAGAGAGAAAAUACGCGACGCAAACUCUCCUUCUUCUUCUUCACUGUUACUCAAUCACUACUUCAACAAUUGGAGAUAGAAAGUGUGUGAGAAAGAGAAGAAGAAGGAGCCCUAGAUCGUGUGAAUCGAUUUAUUCGGCUUCGAAAAUAUUCAUGUUCUUGUUAUUUUCUCUCUCUCAAAAUCACCCAAAAACCCUAAUCUUUAACUUUUGGGGGUAUUCAAUUUGAUGCCGAAUGUGGGUUUUUAGCUACUGAAAGUUUGUAAAUUUGUCGAUUAUUUUUGUUUGGUUUUCUAAUUGUGGAGAGUGAAAUGGACGGGAGGAGGAUAUCGGCGAGUCCUAGACCAUGUAGCGUUCGUCGAGUGGUGGCGAAGAAGCGCCCGAGAGGUGGUGGGGUUGAUGGGUUUGUAAAUAGUGUGAGGAAGCUUCAGAGGAGAGAGAUUUGUUCUAAACGUGAUCGUUCGUUUAGUAUGAGCGAUGCUCAAGAACGAUUUCGUAAUAUUCGUUUGCAGGAGGAGUAUGAUACACAUGAUCCAAAAGGACACUGCCCUACGAUAUUGCCUUUCCUCAGGAAGAGAUCAAAAAUUAUUGAAAUUGUAGCAGCACAUGACAUCGUUUUUGCUCUUGCACAGUCUGGUAUCUGUGCAGCUUUUAGUCGAGAGACCAACCAGAGAAUAUGCUUUCUGAAUGUCAGCCCAGAUGAAGUAAUCAGAAGUCUAUUCUACAACAAAAAUAAUGAUUCGCUUAUCACAGUUUCAGUAUACGCAUCUGACAAUUUCAGUUCCUUGAAAUGCCGAACGACUAGGAUUGAAUACAUAAAGAGAGGAAAGCCAGAUGCUGGGUUUGCGCUUUUUGAGUCCGAGUCGCUGAAGUGGCCUGGAUUUGUUGAGUUUGAUGACGUAAAUGGAAAGGUCCUCACAUAUUCUGCUCAGGACAGUGUUUACAAGGUAUUUGACUUGAAGAACUAUACUAUGCUGUAUUCCAUUUCUGACAAAAAUGUUCAAGAGAUUAAGAUCAGCCCGGGGAUCAUGUUACUGAUAUUUACCAAAAAUACUAGCCAUGUUCCAUUGAAAAUACUUUCCAUUGAGGAUGGUACUGUUCUUAAAUCAUUCAAUCAUCUGAUCCAUCGGAAUAAAAAGGUUGACUUCAUCGAACAAUUUAAUGAAAAGCUUCUCGUCAAGCAAGAAAAUGAGAAUCUUCAGAUUCUUGAUGUACGGAACUCAGAAUUAACAGAAGUCAGUAAAACUGACUUUAUGACCCCAUCUGCUUUUAUAUUUCUGUAUGAGAACCAGUUAUUCUUGACCUUUAGGAAUAGAACAGUGGCUGUGUGGAACUUCCGUGGUGAGCUUGUCACUUCCUUUGAAGACCACCUCUUGUGGCAUCCUGACUGCAAUACAAACAACAUAUAUAUCACAAGUGACCAAGAUCUUAUUAUUUCUUACUGCAAGGCGGAUUCUGAUGAUCCCCUGUCAGAAGGAACUGCUGGUUCGAUUAAUGUGAGUAAUAUUUUGACCGGAAAAUGCCUUGCAAAAAUAAGAGCAGAUAACUGCUCAACUUUGGAAGAUGAUAGCAGUUGCAGUAAUAGUAAUAGUGGUAGCUCUUCAAAGAAGCGAGUAAAAGCUUCAAGGAUUAGGAGCACACCUGCAGAGGCUUUGGAAGACAUCACAGCUCUCUUCUACGAUGAAGAGCGCAAUGAGAUAUAUACUGGAAAUAGGCACGGCCUUGUACAUGUAUGGUCCAACUGAGGGUUGUAUCUUCUUCUUCUUCUUCUUCUUCUUCGCCUUCGCCUUCCAAAUCUUGAAGGCUGUUCUUUGGGAACCUGAGUCUUGUGUCAAUUUAAUGUCUCCCUGAACUUGUGUACUAUUAAUUUUCUGUACCAAUGCUUUACCUGUUGUUUCUUUUUGUGAUUUUCGAGUGCCCUAUCUGUUGUGCUUCCCAGUCUGCUUUCACUAUUUAGUGUUUUACUCCUCAAGCACGAGGAUACAAAGAUGUAAUCCCGUCUAAUCUACUUGUAGCUAGUUGGUAAAUUGUCUCUAAUGAGUUCGAGCACUACUUCAGUGUCUAACUUAUUAUUGAUGCAUAGUAAUAUUGGAAAUGAGUUGUUACCAAGUUUUAGUAUAAUUGAAAGUGGAGGCUUGUCUAUUUUUCUACACAAA